UACCUGCAGAUGAAGGGCAACCGCGAGAUGGUCUAUGACUGCACCAGCUCCUCCUUCGACGGCAUCAUUGCCAUGAUGAGCCCCGAGGACAGCUGGGUCUCCAAGUGGCAGCGCAUCAGUACUUUCAAGCCAGGUGUCUACGCAGUGUCCGUGACUGGUCGCCUGCCCCAAGGGAUCGUCCGAGAGCUGAAGAGCCGUGGGGUGGCCUACAAGUCCCGAGACACAGCCAUCAAAACCUAA